CAAUAUGUGAACAGCAUGUUAUUUUAUCACAUGUAUACAAAAUAGCUGAUAAUUAGAUGUUAAUGUCCAGGGAUUCACAAAAGGCCUAAAGCAUGAACUUGACCAGAUCGAAUAAAACAACGUAAAGAUUUUAUUAUAUAAGUAUAAUCGUUUGUCGUUUUAAACUAUUGGAACAAGAUUAGGGUGACUUUCAUAUUACAGAUGUAAGCACGUGUCCAAAAGAAUUUAUAUACAAUGAAAAUAAGAUACCUUAUUUUAUCGAUAGCUUUGCUAAUUAUUGUUGGCAUUUCGGCAGCUAUACUGAAACGGGAUGUAAAGGUUACAUGGCUGCAGCAAAUUAUGAAUAUUGUGUCUUACAAUAUUGAAAUAGAAUCUACGCAAGAUGAUCUUCACGAUAUAUACCGGAUUCAUUUCUUAUUAAAAGCAAAGUCAGGAGACAUAUAUUUUGCUGACGACUUGAACGGAUAUGGAUGUUGGUGCGGUCAGACAGGAAAUGGAAUGUCCGUUGACAAAUUAGACAGAUGCUGUUUCCAACAUCAUAUGUGUAUUCGAAAUAUUUUUGCCAAGCAAUGCCCGUAUUCAUCUCGAUAUUACUCGUAUGGAACUUGUUUUUUCAAAACACUAACCUGUCAUGACAGUGAUCCUUGUAAAUUAAAUUUCUGUAGAUGUGAUAUAGAGGCAGCAAUCUGUUUGUCAGAUGUUAAACACGUUUACAACGAGAAAUACAAGACCGGCAGUAAGACAUAUUGCAAUGAUACACAAAUGAGAAAGUGACAUGAACCGGAAGUAAGAAUAAUAAA